GGCAAACUGUCACGCGGGACACGUAGCCGACAUCAAUUUAAUACCUGACAACAGAAAUUAAAUUACAUUUUGCAUACUUUUAACACCGAGCAUAAAAGUUGGGCUGAUAAAUCAUUGAAAUUCGCGAUCUCAUUAUAAAGCAUGAUAGAUAACAAUUCUCUUCCUCUUUUAUAUUGUACCAAAAGUACUUACCAGUCCAUCAUCUGAAAGAUGCUAUUUAAGCCAUUUGUGUUGUUACAAUCAGCUAAUACUGGCUUGACCAUGACUGACACCACGACAGAAGUAGACUCUGAGAACACUGAGGCUAAGAAACCAGUAAAAGAGAUCCCCGUGGUGCAAGACCAAGGAUUCUUCCAGCACGAUACUGGCGACACUUAUGACGGCUUCUUCGAGGCUAAGAAGAAAGAUAGAGUCGCCAAAAUGCAUGGUCCAGGGCUGUACACCACGGUGGAAGGAGACACUUACAUGGGCACGUGGGACGCGGACAAGCUAGGCGGGAACGACGAGGUGACUGUGGCCUUCACAGACGGCUCCCGUUACGAGGGGUUCUUCAAGGACUGGAGCUACUCUGGACGUGGAAGGUACUACUACCCAGAUGGCAGUAUCCUAAGAUGUGACUUCAGCGAAAAUUCGCCUGUUGGUUUCUUAACUCUCUCAGACCCGAACGAUCACAUUUGGUUGGGCAAAGCCGAGCAAGGCUACGGCUGGUUCGAACCAGUGAACCACUUCUACGAUAUGCUGGAGAAGACCAAAGAUUCCGGGAAGUCCAGACGUCGGCUGAAGAGCAGUGCACCAGACUCCAAGUCGUCUCCGUCGAAGUCUAUUAAAUCUAUAUCCAAAGUUAAAUCUUAGGUCUAACUCAAACGUUAAAGACGAGAAAGAAGUGUUGUAUUCCUAUUAUUUAUACUUAAGUACUUACCUACUUCUGAAAGUCAUUAGGCAUGCUUAUCUUUAUUUCUUUAUAAAUUACUUACAUAAAUAAAUUAGUUCUUAC